UGAAGCUUCCUUUCCUACUUCCUAGUAUAAGAAUAAGGCAAGCCACCUCCCACCCUUUUCUACUAAUACUUUUCACUCCAAUCGCAUCGCAAAAGCCCUAAAGGCUAAAGCUAAUUAUCUUUCAAAUCUUCAAUACCAAAAUCCCGCCGUAGAAACUUCUCGUUUUCCCUCAAAUAGCAAAUCACAACCCACAGAUCUACGUCCCUCAUUCCAUUUUUCCCAUUUAGUAAACCCAAAAAGAAAAUUUGAUUUUCCCAUUUGCGAAUGUAAAUUGACAAAAUUAUUCGUCAAUUCCAAAUAUAUUUUUUUGUUGGUUUGGUUUUUCAUCGUUUGAUCCGCUCCGAAUUAAUGGGAUUCUCGUACGAUCCAUCCGCGGAGAAUUCUCUUUCCUCGUUCUUCUUCGUUGUCAACUUCGCAGAAGCUUCUCUCGGAUUCUGAGCGAAGAAACCUCGGAUUCGGAUUCGGAAAGUGUUUUCUUUGGGAUUUGUGUGUGUUGAUUUCUGUUUCUUCUUCUCCAAAAUCGAGGCAAAGAUGAGGGUGGCUAAGUCCCAGGUAUGGCAGCCUUGUAAGAAGAAGAGGUCUUGAUAGUCAAGGGAAGGUUCUGGAGAGAGAGAGAGAUAGAGAGAGAAAGAGGAAUCUAAGGAAGGAAGGAAAGGUGUUGAAGAGAUAGAGAGAGAAAGAGGAAGAGGACGGAGAUGUCGUCGUCGAGCUCGAGGGCGGGCGGCAGCACCAGGACGCGCGUGGGGAGGUACGAGCUAGGUCGGACCCUGGGAGAGGGGAAUUUCGCCAAGGUCAAGUUCGCUCGCAACAUCGAGACCGGAGAGAACGUCGCGAUCAAGAUUCUCGACAAGGACAAACUUCUCAAGCACAAGAUGAUCGGCCAGAUCAAACGUGAAAUAUCAACGAUGAAGCUAAUUAGGCAUCCAAACGUCAUCCGCAUGUAUGAGGUAAUGGCUAGCAAGACAAAGAUAUACAUUGUUAUGGAAUUUGUUACCGGAGGAGAGCUGUUCGAACAAAUUGCAAGUAAAGGAAGAUUUAAAGAAGAUGAAGCAAGAAAGUAUUUUCAGCAGCUUAUAUGUGCCGUGGAUUAUUGUCAUAGCAGAGGUGUUUUUCAUAGAGACCUAAAGCCGGAGAAUUUGCUGCUAGAUGCUGGUGGCACCCUUAAAGUUUCGGAUUUUGGAUUGAGUGCACUACCUCAGCAAGUUCGAGAAGAUGGAUUACUUCACACUACAUGUGGAACACCAAAUUAUGUCGCUCCUGAGGUGAUCAACAACAAAGGGUAUGAUGGAGCGAAGGCAGAUUUAUGGUCAUGUGGCGUGAUUCUUUAUGUUUUAAUGGCUGGUUUCCUGCCUUUUGAAGAUUCUAACCUCAUGGCAUUAUAUAAAAAGAUAUUCAAGGCUGAAUUCACGUUUCCACCAUGGUUCUCCUCAAGUGCAAAAAAACUAAUCAAAAGAAUCUUGGAUCCUAACCCCUUAACGAGAAUUACGGCUGCUGAGAUUAUUGAGAAUGAGUGGUUUAAGAAGGGAUAUAAGCCGCCGAGAUUUGAACAAGCUGAUGUUAGCCUUGAUGACGUGGAUGCUAUCUUUAAUGAAUCUGGGGAAUCUGGAAACCUUGUCGUGGAGAGGCGAGAAGAAGGGCCUGUGGCGCCUGUCACUAUGAAUGCCUUUGAAUUAAUCUCUACAUCUCAGGGCCUGAACCUUGGUUCCCUCUUUGAAAAGCAAAUGGGGCUUGUCAAACGAGAGACAAGAUUCACAUCAAAAUGUUCUGCCAAUGAGAUAAUCUCUAAAAUUGAAGAAGCUGCAGGUCCUCUGGGUUUUGAUGUAAAGAAAAAUAACUUCAAGUUGAAGCUUCAGGGCGGGAAAAGUGGACGGAAAGGUCAUUUAUCUGUUGCAACAGAGAUUUUUGAGGUGGCCCCUUCACUGUAUAUGGUUGAAGUCCGAAAGUCUGGCGGCGAUACUCUGGAAUUUCACAAGUUCUACAAGAACUUCUCUACUGGGCUGAAAGAUGUUGUCUGGAAAACAGAAGAAUAAUCAAAGGAGGAAGUAAAUAAUGGUGCUCGUGUUGCGUCACCUAAGUAAUUGGCUUUGUGAUUUGUGUUUUUUCUCUUUCUUGAACAAACUUCAAACAUGAAAUAGUGCAAAAAUAUGUAUGGAUUGCAUCGUAUAUUGUUUGUGGCAUUGGAAACUCAAUAAAACUCGGUUGUCUUC